AUUCGUGAGGACGGAAUGGAUACAUCGGAAUGAGGAGGAAUUUGAGGAAAGCGAGAGCCUCGAGAAGAGAUCGAACGUGCGUCGAGAUGUGCCCAUGAAGCGAUCACGAUGGAACCGCGUGGGAUGAUGAUGUCGAACCUGUCGUGCGACGGGUGCGCGGACAGCGACCGAGAUUCCGACAGCAGCAGCAUGAUCGUGGACCCGGUGAGUUUGGACAAGAACGACUUGUCGCCGUCCCAGUCGUCGUCAAGCCCCAUAAUACCAAGCUCGCCCGUUCCACCGACCACCACGUCCUCCCGUAACCGUGGGGGGAGUCGCAGCAAGAAGAGCUACUCGAUGAUGUCGGGCGGGAACGGGCAGCAAAAGAGCAACGCGUCCGGCCAGGCUCCAUCCUCCUACGGGAACGACAAGAUGUCCUCGUCCCUGAUCAAACCCCCCUACUCCUACAUAGCCCUGAUCACGAUGGCUAUCCUCCAAUCGCCCCAGAAGAAAUUAACGCUGAGCGGGAUAUGCGAGUUCAUCAUGUCGCGAUUCCCUUACUACCACGACAAGUUCCCUGCAUGGCAGAACUCGAUCAGACACAACUUGUCGUUGAACGAUUGCUUCAUCAAGAUACCGAGGGAGCCGGGCAACCCGGGCAAGGGUAAUUACUGGACGUUGGACCCGCUGGCCGAGGACAUGUUCGACAACGGGAGCUUCCUGCGCCGUAGGAAGAGGUACAAGAGGCCCCCGCCGCACUACGUGCUAAGAGACAGAGCGAUCAUGGCCACGUUCGCCAUUUGCGGGGACCGGGGGCCCUGUCCGGGCGGGGGUGGAGGUCAACCCGGGGCACUCGCCUAUCCAAGCGCCGCGUACCUGUCCCCGCCGCCCGGCCUCCCCCUGCUCGACUUCUCGCCCUCGACCUUGGAGGCACUGAAGCUCGGCGGCUUCCUGGAACCGCCGCCACCCCUGUACAAACCUGUGCCGAUCACCGCACCCCCGAUCAGGCAGAUCGAUCCCGCCCCGACGAGGACCACCGCGAUACCGAGCGGACAUCCGCCUGCCGAGAAGAAGAGGAACUUCAGUAUCGACGCUCUGAUAGGUAAACAGGCGGCCAACGAUCAGAAUUGCGGCGGUUUGCUGGAUCUAAGCCCGUCGGAGCACAGGGAGAUCAGGAGCCAGGCGUCGGCGUUCUCCCCUCUGGUUUAGAGGAUCCUGUUGCGGAUUUCCUUCCGGGGGAUGUCUUACGUCGA